ACAACUUGUGUUUGUUCACUGCUUGUUUGUGUCUUGCUAAUUUCUUUCUAAUUAAUCACUAUUAUCUCACUGUUUAAUUAACACUGCUUUCUUGUUGCCUUUAUCACUGAUUAACACUGUCUCCACCUCCCCCUUUUUUAUUUCUGCCCACUUUCCUGUUUUCUCCUCCCCUCUCUAUACUUCCUCUUUCAAAGCAUUUAACUGAACAAGAAAGGAACAAAUAUACAAAUACAUUUGCAGUUUCAGAAGGAGAUGGGCGUCUAAAGUGAGCAGUGUUCGUUGAAAUCUUCAAAAAGAGAGAAACAGUACAUACUUGGAUAUGGCUCAAGUCUAUCAGGAUGCAUCCAUUAAUGGUAUAGCAGCAGAUGGAGUGGGUGGGGUUUCACUGAUUGAUGAGACUCCUAUAUUGGAUGGCGCUAAUGCACAGGUGGAGGAGUUCUUGGGUGAGAAGACUGACUAUGAUGAGGAGGCAGAAGAGAAGAGAUAUUAUCGGCGCAAGAGGCUUCUGACUGUGAAAAGCGUUGUGUGUGCAAGUCUGGGUGCUGCCAUCACAUAUGGGGUAUAUUUGGGCCUUUUGCAAAUGCAACUGAUUUUACAUUAUGAUGAGACCUAUCGUGAUGUGAAAUAUGGAAACAUGGGACUUCAGGAUAUUGACAGUAAAAUGCUGAUGGGCAUUAAUGUCACACCUAUUGCUGCACUUCUCUACACACCAGUCUUGAUCAGGUUUUUUGGCAUAAAAUGGAUGAUGUUUCUCUCCACUGGAAUUUACGCUUUGUUUGUUUCCACAAAUUACUGGGAGAGAUAUUACACACUUGUCCCUUCAGCUACUGCAAUUGGUGUGAUGAUAGUUCCUUUCUGGGCAUCAAUGGCAAAUUACAUUACAAGGAUGGCUCAGAAGUAUUAUGAAUUUGUGAACUAUAAGGAGGAAAAUGAGCGGGAGCAGCGGAAGGCACCACGAGGAGCCAGUAACAAAUACAUCAUUAUAUUUCAGAGCACCUUUUACUCCAUCUUUUAUCUAAGCUUCGUAAUGGCUCAGUUUCCGAUGUUCUUCUUUCUUCAUAAGUUCUUGUAUUCAUAUCAACACACACUCGCCAAUGUCAAAGACUGUGGAUCCGCCAUCGUUCAAGGUAUCCUUCCUAAAUUUAAUGUGACAGUACUUCAUACUCUUCCACCCAGUCUAGAUCUCAUCUACGUGGAAAGCGCAUUAAUGGGAGCUGCGUUUGUGUCCAUGCUACUGAUCCUAAUCUUAUGUGGUUCUGCAUAUCGUCCCACAGAGGAAAUUGACUUGCGUAGCAUUGGUUGGGGUAGCAUCUUUCAGUUGCCCUUCAAGCAUGCCAGAGACUAUCGACUUCGCUGUCUGGUACCAUACUUUCUUUAUAGUGGUUUCGAGGUGCUGUUUGCCAUAACUGGUUUUACUCUGUGCUAUGGUGUGUGUGCCCUCGGGCUGGAGAGUCUUCCAUAUCUCAUCACUGCAUAUGGCAUUUCAGCAUCUAUCUCUUCCAUCCUUGCCCUCUCUAUGCUUCGUCUUCCACGCCAAGUUCCCUUGGUUGCUGGUACGGUACUGCAUAUCUGCAUUUUAAUUGGUCUAUUCUUCUGGAGCCCACAACCAAGAUUACCGACACAGGGGUCCACGUUGUAUCUGGUGGCUGUGCUGUGGGGUAUAGGAAGUGCCCUCAACAAGUGUGGACUAAGCAUUAUAAUCGGCAUGUUUUAUGAAGACAAGGAACGGCAGGACUUUGUAUUUACCAUUUAUCACUGGUUCCAAGCACUUGCCAUAUUUAUUGUGUAUCUAUGGUCUGGACUUCCCAUGAUGGCUAAGCUAGGGAUCAUGCUGGCAACUGCCUUAAUCUCUGUUUUAUCCUAUUUGUGGAUGGAACGAAAGCUCAGCAGCCGAUUACCAUAUCGUGUUCCCAAGAUCCCUGCACCACGUCACAAAGUCAGAGGUUAUCGCUACCUUGAGGAGGAAAACUCAGAUGAGUCAGACUCAGGGGGUGUGCAAGAAGAAAGUGAAGAUGAGGGAGAAGAACUAGAGGCGGCAAACAGGAAGGAACAGCCAUCCUGCAGGAACAGAAAGGAACGAUGCUAUGAGCAGGUGGUGGAGGAGGAGCAGAACAUAGAAUAGAAGAAUGACCAGAACUUUCACACCACUGAGACCAAACUACCUGUUCAGAUCAGAGCAGGCACCAAAUUCAUAUAAUACAGACAUUCACUGUAUUACAUUUAAAGGGACAGUAAAGUCAUCAUUAGACAUCCAUGAUUUAGACAGCAUUAUCUAGGAAAGCUCAAGAGCAGCAAAGAACCUAGGUUCUAGCUGCUUAUUGGUGGCUGCAUAUAUAUAUAUAUAUAUACACCGAUUGUCAUUGGCUCACCCAUAUGUUCAGUUAGAAACCAGUUGUGCAUUGCUGCUCCUUUAACAAAUGAUACCAAGAGAAUGAAGCAAAUUUGAUAAUAAAAGUAAAUGGGACAUUUGUUUAAAAUUGUAUCUUCUUCCUAUAUCAUGAAAGAAAACAUUUGGGUUUAAUGUCCCUUUAAUACUCUCAUUCCUCUGCUAUAGCGUGCAACCAUUUCUUUCUCUCAUGAUUAAAUGAGGACUAUUGAAAGAACAAAUGCAAAUUCAAACCUGGUAAAAAUAAACCAAACAAUAAAUAGAGGAGUGAGAAAUUUGUUUUUCAUAGAAUCUUAUAUAUUUUAACAUUUAUUUUCAUGUAUAUUUUUGUUGUGAUUUCUUUGUCUUUUCAGAGUUGUUUUAACUAUAAAUCAAAUUGCAAAUAUUUUAAUAAAGGUGAUUUUUAGUUUAUA